AUGGCUGCAUCACUAAGGGAAGCUUCUGCCAAUCUGGAAGUUAUGGAGGCCAGUGAUGAGGACAUAGCCCUACAAAAGAAGAUGACAAUGCAAUGCAGCUUGGUGAAGAAUGAAGGAAAGAAGAAAUCUAAAUUUAAAGCCUUUAAGAAUUUUUUUGGCAAGAAGAAGAGAAAAGAGCCUGAAGGUAUCCAGAGAAGCAGCAGCAGCUUGAAACCAAGCUCAUCCAACAGCAGCAUCAACAACUCUUCCCUGAAUCUGGUUCAGGAAGAUCAACAACCUACAUUUAGGGUCAGGAGAAGCAUGAACAAAUCCCUGUCCCAUGAAAGCAUCUUCAGGUCGAAGUCUGAGCUUAAAAGCCCAGAACGUAAAAUAUACCCCUCUCCAGAGCCCCAGAGUGGCAGAUCUCUGAAGAGAGCUCAUAUUUCCAGAACUCUGUCUGUCACUAGUAGUGUGCAUAGACCUGUUUCUGGAACUCUGCUUGGAGUUAUACCCCAUUACGUGCACAGAAGUGGAAUCUGGAUUGGAGGCUCCAAGAUCACUGAGAUUCCACCACUGCGCUCAUGCCAGUCCAUCAACCCAACCCUGAUACGAUCUGACACAAUCCCUAAGGACUUUGAAGAAAUCUCUGCUGCUGCUGAGUCACCUAAGACCCCACAAAAGGCUUUUCCACCGAUGUUGACAAUGAAGAGCUCCUUUGAGCCCUCAUCUAUACCCAUGCGUGCACAGUCCUUGACAACAUUUGCCACGCUCACCUCUCCCAGCAGUCCCCAGCUAUCCGUUAGUUUCAGCACCCCACCUACCACCCAGGGCUGUUUGGAUUCUUCAGCUGCUCGACACAAGAUGGCUUUAAACCCCCGAAAACAAAAGAAGUACCUUCAAGCUACUAUGAAGCCAAAGCAGGAGGAGCCAGGCCUCCCACUGGUUUCUGAAGAGAAAACCAAACCAAAAGCAGUUACCCAAAAGAAGCUCAAAGACAGUGCAGGUCCCUCAAGUCAGGAACAGAGCAUCAAAACUGAGAUUUAUAACACAACAGACCAGGCUGCAAAUGCAGAUGCUGUUGAGAGUCUGGGCUACUCAUGGCCAGCAGCAUAUGGAAGACGGUGUGGAAAAAAAGAAUCAAGUGCUUCAGAAAAGAAUGAGUGUGGAUCCAAAGAAUGGAGCUUUAUACAACCUAGUCGAGGGUCUGGCUUAGGUAAUAGAGCUGGGUACUCAUCUGCUGACAAGAUUGCCAGGAAUAACCCUUUCUGGCGCUUUUCCUUGGAGAGAAAAGUCAUGAAGCAGCACAGAGCUCCACAAGUAGAAACCACUACUCCUCACGAGUUGCUUUCAGAUGAAAAUGACAUGAGAAGGAGAAUGGCUAGUUUAGAUUUUAAAACAAGAAAAGCAUCGUUAUCAUAUCUCAGACCUAAAGACAUGAAAGAGUCCAUGGCUAUUGGUCCAUCACAAUACCACGAAGAUGGAACUAAGAAGUCAGAAGCCAUAACUUCUCUUUCAUCAGUGGUGGAAAACCCUUAUUCAAGCCAAGAAGUUAUCAUGUUUUCAGUGACAGAGAAGGCUCAGGUGCAUAUGGAUCCUUCUCAUAUUCAGUCAGAAGAGGAUGCUUCCAGCUUUGAUUCAAAAAAUGACCAAUUUGAAAUGAAGUCAGCUCAAGAUAACUCAACUAUCUGCAAAGAAACACCUUCUGGAAAUGUCAUCCAGGCCUUUCCAGCAAGUGUUUUGGAUAUGGCAAGUGCUUUUCCAGAGGGAGGAAUUUCUGUAAAGAGGCUGCCUCCCAGAAGCCUUUCCCAAUCUUUGGGGAAGCCGGAAGCUGAAGGAGUCUCCUCAGAUUCAGACGCUAUUUCAGGGGUGGAAAGUGGUUCUGAUCAGCAGCUGGCUCCUGGAUAUGUUUUCCAGUCUUCAAGGAAGCCCAAAGAUGAAGAAUUAGUCUCAGAUUCAGAGAGUGCUUCUUCAGAGGAGGGCAAUGGUUCUGAACAGAAGCUGGAUCCCGAAUAUUCUUUCCAGUCCAUGAUGAAGUCCAAAGAUGAUCAAGAAACCUUCCCAGAUUUUAACAGUUUUCUUGGGAACUUAUGCAGUUCUCAUGAGCAGCUGGCUCCCAGAUGUGCUUCCCAGGCUUUGGAGGAGCCUGAAGACAAAGUGCCCACAAAAUCAAAUAGGAAUUCUGAAAAAUACAGUAAUCCUAAUGAUUGGAGCAGUUCUGAGGAAAAUAUGCCUCCCAGACAUCCUUCCCCAGCCUUGGGGACACCCACAGCCCAACAGGAAAUCUCAGUUUCAAAGAAUACACUUGAGGAGUUGGUUGUAUCUGUGGAGCAGACUCCUCCCAGACACCUUCCUCAGCCCUCUGUAAAGCCAUCUGUUCAGCAGCAACUCUCCUCAGGUUCAGCAAAUGCUUUUUCAGAAUGGGUGUCAACGCCUCCCAUGAACUUUUUCCAUCCCUGGCUGAGCCCUAAAUCUGAGGAAGAAGCCUCUGCAGGUCAAGAAAAUAUUGCUCCUGAGUGGGGCAUUUUUAUGGAGCCGCUGCCUCCCCGAGUGCAUUCAAGGCGCCUGAUGAAGCGUAAAGUUGAGCAACCAAUCUCCCCAGGGUCAGAAAUUGCUACUAUUGAAGGGAUCAUGUCUACAGAGCUGAAGCCUUCAAGAAAUAAUUCUCAGCCCCCAGUGAAACCAAUUGCUGAACAAGAAAUCUCUGCAGGUCCAGAGAGCACAGCUGUUAAGGGGAGCAUUUCUAUGGAGCCCCCUUCUCCUAACGUUUUUGCCCAGCCCAUGAUGAACCCAAAAGUUGAACAAAAUGUGUUCUUAGGUUCAGAGGGUGCUGAUAAGGUCCUUUUAGUGGAGAUAACACUCCCUGAAUGCUCAACAAAUCCUCAAGACCAGCAUGUCUUCUCAGAGAACACUGCUGGUAAUAAGGACAUGUUUGUGGAACCCCUGCCUCCAGACUACCCUGUCCAGACAUUGGCGAAGCUUAACUUCCAGCCACAGACUAUUUCCAGCGACCCAGGGAGUGCUUUCACAGAAUGGAGCUAUCCUGUGGAGCUGAUGCCUCCCAGACACACAAUGGGCUCCUGGGUGAGCACCAGCUUUGAACAACCCUCUGCAAGUCCAGAGAGCACUGCUGUGGAGUGGGGAAACCCUACAGAGCCACUGCUUCCCAAAAUGCCUUCUCAGUCCCUAAGGAGACCAGUUGCUGAGCAAGAAGUCUUCUCAGGUUCGAUGAGCGCUUCUGAAGAAUGGAGUGAUCUUGUGCAGCUGACGUCUUCUCUAUACACUUUACAGCACUGGGUGAGCCCUAAAUUUGAGCAACAAACCUAUGCAGGUCCAGAGCCUUCACAGUGUUGCAUGAAAUCAGUAGGUCCAAAGAGUGUUGCCAUUGAGGGGGACACUUCUACAGAGAUGCUGCCUCCCAGACAUUGGUCCAUUGUGAGACAUAAAAUCCAGAAAAUGAUGCCAACUUCUGAGAAUGCUGCUGUUGGGUGCAUUUCUGAGAGCCCACUGCCUAUCGAAUAUCCCACCCACUUCUCAACGCCUAGCAUUCAAGAAAUAUCCUUACAUCCAGAGAACACUGCUGUUGAAGGAGGCAUGUCUAAGAAAUCGCUACAUCCCAAGUGUCCUCAGUCAUUUGUGAAAUUUAUGGCACAUCAUGUCUUUUCAGAGAGCCCUAAUAUGGAGGAUCAGGUUUAUGUGGAUCCUCUGUCUUCUAAUCAACCUUCCAAAUAUUUGUUGAAGCCUACAGUUGAGCACCAAGUUUUCUCAGGUUGUGAGUGUGCUGAUAUCGAGGGAGGCAUUUCUUCAAAGCUGGUGCCUACAAAAUGCCCUUUACAGUCUUUGGGGAGGCUUGAAGACCCACAAGGAGUUUUCUCAUAUUCAGAAAAUGCUCCUGUUAAGUGUAGCUAUCCCCAAGAGCAGCUGCUUCCUGGAUACCUUUCCCAGGCAUGGGGGAAGCUUAAGUAUGAGCAAGAAGUCUCCACAGUUUCUGAGAGCUCUUUUAAAGAAUGGGAGAGUUCUGAAGAGCAGUUGCCUUCCAGAUGCCCUAUCCAAGCUGAGGAUGGGGCUGAAUUCCAGCCACAGGUGUCCUCAUCAGGCUCAGUCAGUGUACCUGUAGAGAGGAGCAGUGCUGAGAAUCAGCUGCCUCCCAGACACCCUUUUCAGGCUUUUGCAGACCCUCAAUAUAAGCAACAAGUUUAUUCAAGUUCCAUGAGUACUGCUGCCAAGGGAAUCAUUUUUGAGAGCAAUCCUAGCAGCCAGGCCCUCCCAAGAGGUCCGGCUUCUCCAAGCAAAACUAGGGAACACAGCCAAGACUCUGAAGACCUCUUUAAGAACAUUUCGACUCCUGCUACCAAAUCUGUGAAGUUCGCCCUUGCUCCUGCCUGGCCACUAUCCACUUCUGGGGAUACUUACACUCAGGAGGAUGUUCUUGAGAGUAGUGAUCAAAAUAACGACUAUUCAAAUUUAUCCACCAGUGAGGCUGAUGUUGAAAACCUCUUUGGAGUUCGACUGAAGAGAAUCCCUUCCUCAGAGAAGUACAAGAUUGAGGAACAAAACCAUUCUACCAAGCUUCCUUCACUCUCCUUAGGCCCAGUUUCAUCUUACACAGACAGAGAACCACAAAUCAUAAGUGCUUCCCAGGGGCUCCUGGGCAUCUCCAAGAACCUUACCACAACAUCUGACAUUGCAGAGAAGCAACAGAGCAAGCCCAAAUCUGCCAGCAUGCUCAAGAAGAAACCUGAUUACAAGAUCCCAGGAAAGGCUCCUGGUAAACUAUCAGGUUAUGCCACCUUAGACCCAUCUUGGAUAACCAUGGUCAAGCAGAAGCAGAAGAAUUCCCCAACCCAGGUUCCUACGAAAGAGCUGAAAACCAAGAAUAGAGAUGGAGCAAAGGUUGGCACUAAGGUGCCUAGAUAUGAGGGAGAUGACCUUGCAAAACAAAGCCAACAAAGAGAGAUUUCCACUUCCGAUGUCAAUAGACAGGAGAAGAAGGCACAGAUGAAGCUACCUGACUCUACCAAAGCAGUUCCAGUAGGAUAUGGAAAUGAGAAGAUAAUUCAAGUGCUCGCCAUGAAAAAAGAAACCAGAAAACCUUCAGCUCACCCAGCCAUGUUCCAAGAGCCAGAUGAGCCAAUCUGGUUCUCCAUGGCCAAGAAGAAAGCCAAAGCAUGGAGCCAUAUAACAGAAACCAUGCAAUAA